GAAGUGACGCAAGCUGAGGGGCGGGUGGUCUCUGUGCCGGAAGUAGCUCGCAGAUAGUAAAUAAGCAGGGAAAAAAAAAAAAAAAAAGAACAGGGAAGGCGUUGUCUCCAUCUUGUCUGCAUCAGCCGUUCCAGCGACGUUUUGGAAAUGGGGAGCGUCUUGGGGCUCUGCUCCAUGGCGAGCUGGAUACCAUGCUUAUGUGGCAGUGCCCCGUGUUUGCUGUGCCGAUGUUGUCCCAGUGGAAACAACUCCACUGUAACUAGGUUGACCUACGCACUUUUCUUACUUGUUGGGGUGUGUGUAGCUUGUGUAAUGUUAAUACCAGGAAUGGAAGAACAACUGAAUAAGAUCCCUGGAUUUUGUGAGAAUGAAAAAGGCGUAGUCCCUUGUAACAUUCUGGUCGGCUAUAAAGCCGUGUACCGUUUGUGCUUUGGCUUGGCUAUGUUCUAUCUUCUCCUCUCUCUACUCAUGAUAAAAGUGAAGAGCAGCAGCGAUCCUAGAGCUUCAGUGCAUAAUGGAUUCUGGUUCUUUAAAUUUGCUGCAGCCAUUGCAAUUAUUAUUGGGGCUUUUUUCAUUCCAGAAGGAACUUUCACAACUGUGUGGUUUUAUGUAGGCAUGGCAGGUGCCUUUUGCUUCAUCCUUAUACAGCUAGUCUUACUUAUUGAUUUUGCUCAUUCAUGGAAUGAAUCAUGGGUUGAAAAAAUGGAAGAAGGCAACUCAAGAUGCUGGUAUGCAGCUUUGUUAUCCGCUACAACUCUGAACUAUCUGCUAUCUCUGGUUGCUGUUAUCCUGUUCUUUGUCUUUUACACUCACCCAUCCAGUUGCUCAGAAAACAAAGCAUUCAUCAGUGUCAACAUGCUCCUUUGCCUCGGUGCAUCUGUGAUGUCAAUACUGCCCAAAAUCCAAGAAUCACAACCAAGAUCUGGUUUGCUACAGUCUUCAGUGAUUACAGUCUAUACAAUGUAUUUGACGUGGUCAGCUAUGACCAAUGAACCAGAAACAAAUUGCAACCCAAGUCUGCUAAGCAUAAUUGGAUUCAAUACAACAAAUACUGCCCCAAAGGAAGGACAGUCUGUCCAGUGGUGGCAUGCUCAAGGAAUUAUAGGACUGAUUCUCUUUUUAUUGUGCGUCUUUUAUUCAAGCAUCCGCACUUCAAACAAUAGCCAGGUUAAUAAACUAACACUAACAAGUGAUGAAUCUGCAUUAAUAGAAGAUGGUGCAGCCAGAAGUGAUGGAUCACUGGAGGAUGGAGAUGAUGUCCACAGAGCUAUCGAUAACGAAAAGGAUGGUGUCACUUAUAGUUACUCCUUUUUUCACUUCAUGCUUUUCUUGGCUUCACUUUAUAUCAUGAUGACCCUUACCAACUGGUACAGGUAUGAGCCAUCGCAUGAGAUGAAAAGUCAGUGGACAGCUGUGUGGGUAAAAAUAUCUUCUAGCUGGAUCGGCAUUGUGCUGUAUGUGUGGACACUAGUGGCACCUCUAGUUCUUACAAACCGCGGCUUUGACUGAAGAGGCUACUGGCAUGAAAAUUCGACUCAGAUCAUUGUUUAUUUUAAAUCAACAGUAUUCCCAACUUCUGUAAAGUCAUGUGUACGCUUCCUGUGUAUAACUUCGGUGUUCAGGCAUGAAUUAGAUUUUAUUGCUUGCCAUUUUAUUCAUUAUUCUUGCUAACGGCAUUGAAGUUUUGUUAGAAUGAAACCUGUGAUGAGAGUUUCAAGAGUAUGUUGGUGAGUUAGAAAAGGUGGAUGUUAGUUUUAUGUUCUGUUCUGUACCUGUAAAAAUGGAGAGUAAGACUGUCAGUUUGGAUUUUAAAUUGUUUUAGAAUUUAAGCUAUUUAGAAUGUAAAAAUGAAAGUGUAUGCCUGCCUUCUGAAAUAUUUUAUGUCUUGCCUGGUAUGAGACUGAAAAGAAUGUGGCUUUUUGAAACUUGCAUAAACAAGUCAAUUAAUGCAAAUUUUCUGGGGGGGGGGGGAAAUCUUUUAAGGGUUUUCCCAUGUUAGAAAGCUGAAAUUUUAUACAGGUGGGGAAAAUUUAGUGGACACCAAUAUACAUCAUGCACACUGAAACAGUCUUCUAAAAAGACAGGUUGGUAGGUACUAAGUUGAAUAUCCAAUUAGGUUGUGAUCCUUUCUUGAUGGAUGUGGUAUUCCUUAUCAGCAUAGUGAAUUUUGUCUUGAUUAUUGUGAACACCUUCAGAAGUGUGCGGUUUGAUGGAGAGGUUAAGGAUUCUAAAGACAAAGGUUUUGAAAGGAUAAUGAUUAGGAGGUAAUUAUUUAAAAAUCACUUAAAACAUUCUUUUUGCAAAUCAAAGAAAAACGUGACAGAAUAGGAAGGAGCUGCAACAUAACUUGGCUACAGUAGACACUUUGACAGAGUCUAGUCCAGUCCUCUUAUCGAUAAAAAAUGAACUGAAACAGACAGCUCAGAUGGCUGAUACAUAGCAGUGUAUAAAUGCCAGGUCUGCCCAGAGCAGUUGAUAUUCAUUCUUGCAUACAAAAAUAAUUCCUAUUCAAAACACACACGAUCAUAUACCUCACCAUGGUGGAGAGUUUGUGAUGUAAUGUAUGUGACGUGGUUUGCUGGUGUCCAGCAUGCCUUGUAGCCAUGAACUGAGGCUAAGAGAAUGACAGGAUGCUGUAGGAUAAACUUACAUUAUACUGUUUAAAGGUAUCUAAGUGCUUUUGUAUUUGCUGCCAUCUGACUGAAAUCUAUUAACCUUUCAAUCUGAAAAUCAAGGAAUUUGAUAGUUAACUUAGAAACUUAGUGAUUAAUGAGUCUUAGACAUCUACAUUUAACAUAUUAAUAUAAAUGAAAUGUAAUUCAAAUUAAUUCUAUUGUGUAUUAUUGCUAUUAUGGUUUCAAAUGACUGUGUUGUAUCUCUAAAUAAAUAAAUUCAGGGAAACUGUA